AUGUCAGCUGCAGCGGCUUCUUCGCAACAACCCGCCUCUUCGGCCGCUGCGACAGGCUCCUCGUCAUCAUCGUCUUCUUCGUUAUCUCCCUGCCCGCCGACAUCUCCUCCUCCCACAAUCGCAUCUCCGUCUAUCGCCCAUGCUCACGCCCACGCGCAAAUUCCAUCGGCAGCGCAGCAAUCGUCUCCUCCAUCUUCGCACCUCCAGCCCACGCUCCCCUCGGCCGAGACGCAGCGCCAUGUCGCCGAAGCUCGUCGUGCCGUCGUCGCAACGCUGGAGAACAUGAUGGACUCGGAGCUUCAGUGGCGCGCAUCGACGCUGCACUCCAAUGCCGCUGUACUGAACAAGCAGGCUCAGGAUGUACAGCGUGCGACGGACGGGCUGCGCCGUGAGAACGUCAAGCUUGCGCGUGAGGCCGACGCUGCGGCGCACAAGCUCAAGGAAAUUGGCAAUGUACAGAACUGGGCUGAGGUGCUGGAGCGUGACUUUCUUGUCCUUGAGGAGACGAUUAGGUUGGCAAACGACGAUCGUAGCUGCAGCUGUAGUGAUUGUGGGAGCUACAGUGGGAGUGGGAGCGAGAGCGGAGGCGAGGAUGGUAAGCGGGCUAUGGAUCUAGACAAUGAUGCCGAUGAGAGGGGAAAAGGUAUCGAAGUGAACAAGACACUGAAUACCGAUAUGGAGAUCGGUACUGAAAACCAUGCGCCGGGUGCAUUUUCGGAUGCUAGUCGGAGCAUGACAGAAGCAGAGUCGAGUGUAGGGAGGGGCGCCAAAGGAUCGGAUACAGCGUCCAUGUCUACGAUGUCACGAUGA